GAAGUAAGUGAGUGGUCAAAUUACGGUUCAAGAAAUCCCUUUUGGGUCUGCGUGUAGCUACUUAUAUAAGAUCCGGUGCUAGAGAAAAUGACCAUGGAUGUGAAUCAUUUGCAGAGGAAGCUACGCGACCACCAAGCUGCUCUGUUUCAACAGGGGUUUCUGGAUGAUCAGUUCAGCCAGCUUCAGAAACUGCAAGAUGAUAGCAGUCCAGAUUUUGUGAUUGAGGUUGUCACUAUGUUUUUUGAUGAUUCUGAGAAUCUCCUCAACAACAUGGCACGUGCUUUAGAACAAAAUCCCGUUGAUUUCAAACAAGUAGAUGCUCAUGUCCAUCAAUACAAGGGAAGCAGUGCCAGUGUUGGAGCUGCAAGAGUUAAAAAUUUGUGCGCCUCCUUCAGAAAUUUUUGUGAGGCUAAGAACCUGGAAGGGUGUGUGAGAUGUCUGCAACAAUUACAGCAGGAGUACUCUCUACUGAAGAACAAUCUUCAAUACUUGUUCAGGCUGCAGCAAGAGAUCAAGGCUGCUGGUGGUUCUAUUCCCACACAAUAGAGUAGAUGGAGGUGACUUGAUUGCCAACAGGUGAAAAUGAUAACAAAGUGAAGCUUUUGAUGGAGUAGUGAUUUGUUCUUUUCCUUUUCUUGGAUUAUUCGUUCAGAAUUAUGUCAACAGUUUGAAUGAUGAGACAGUGCUGAUGUGAAUAAGCUUUUCUUCCCUA